AUAUAUGUAUAACUUAAAGCCAAGAUAUAAUAUUACAACUCCACCACUGAACAUGAAGAUCAACAAACUUAGCAGCAAGUUGAUAAAGCCAAAAACCCCAACUCCCCAAAACCUCAAGAAUUACCACAUCUCCUUUCUAGAUCAACAUGUUGGGAAGAUGAACAUUGCUGUUAUCUUCUACUAUCAAUCGAAACCCGACGACGAAAUCCAAUUGGAAGAAUCACUGGCCAAAACCCUAGUCCAGUUCUACCCUCUUGCCGGAAGAUACAUCAAGAGUGAUCUCAUGGUCGACUGCAACGAUCAGGGGGCUGAAUUUGUUGAAGCAGAAGCCCGGGAUGCUCGCCUGAUGGAUCUCGUCGCGAAGACUGCGACCCAUCGGCUCGUCCCAGAUCAAUAUUUCCGGCUUGAUGAAGGUGCUGAUGAUCCACUCCUUUCGAUCCAGGUCACGCGUUUCUCGUGCGGUGGGGCCGCCAUCGCCAUCAGCGUCUCUCACAGAGUCUUCGACGUGUCGUCUCUGGAGACAUUCAUCUCCGCCUGGUCGAGCGCCGCCAUUGAUCCUGGCAAAGUGGCUGGAACACUCAUCCCAUCUUUCGAGCUCGCCUCGUUGCUUCCCUACAAGGAUGAAAAAUUCGGGUUGGAUUCGAAUCAAUGUCAUGGUAAAGCCCAGGAGAUUGUCGUGAGAAGGCUUCUGUUCGACAGAAAGGCUUUAACGAGGCUCGGGAAUGGGGGAAAUAGGGUUUCCGGAGUGCGUGUUGCGUGUGCCGUUAUAGCCAAAACCCUAAUCUGCAUGGAUAGCAAGAUACACAACAAGUGGAGAGAUUUUGUCGUGUUUCAACCAAUCAACAUGCGAGGGCGAACAACCUCGCCCUCGCCUGAGAAUGCUUGUGGGAACAUGUCGUUUGGCUCCUUCACGCGACGCGUGGCUGCAGACGAAGCUGAGAAGGUUGGAAUUGAAGAACUGGUCGAUCUAAUCGGUGAUGGUGUGAGGAGGAGCAUAGCUAGUUAUGCUGAAAUACUGUCUCCGGAUAGGGACGGGCGCGAUAUCAUCAUAAACAUUCGGAACACGAAUAUAAAAGAAGUGUUCAAACCCGAGACCUUUGUCCUUUCUUUUACAGAUUGGAGUAAGUUUGGAUUCUACGAAGCUGAUUUCGGGUGGGGGAAGCCGGUUUGGACGAGCAUCGGACCGCAGCAGCCGCGUGGUAACCAUACCAUACUCAUGAGAAGCAAAGAUGGAGAUGGGAUUGAGGCAUGGGUGCAUUUGAACAAGGAUGACAUGGGUUGGUUUGAGCAAGAUGAGGAUAUUAAAGUAUUUAUAACCUAAUUGAUAUUAUAUAUCUGAGCUUAUUUGCUUUUAUUAACGUGUAUUUCUUGCAAUAGUGGCAGAGUGAUUUGUUUUUGCAAUAAUUGUUAUUUUCUUUAGGAUUAAUGUUGUCACUUUCUAGUUAUUAAUUAGGUACGAUGUUAUUUUUCUUCGUGAUAAUUAUCACUUUUAUAUGUCUGCAAUGUUACUUUCUAGUUAUUAAUUAGGUACAAGAAACUUAUAUUUGGAUAUAUUUCUUUAUGAUAUAA